AUGGGGGUCAACAACUUAUCCGACGCUCUCAUACCCAACUACAAUGCAAAAAGCCGCGAUGCGUGUUCUUUCACCAAAGAUUUGCGGAUCAUCGGGGGUCAGAACGCUCGAAUAAAAACAUAUCCAUUUAUGGCGUCAUUUAGAUAUAUCAGAAAUAAUGUAGUAGUGUGCGGGGGUUCAAUAAUCAGCAAUCAGUAUAUUCUGACAGCCGCUCAUUGUCUUUUCACUCAAUCAGGAGAUUACAGUAACAUUAGAGUAUACACGGGAAUAACUUUUAUGGAUGCUGUUUCAAGAGGAGGACACGAUAUCGCUCGAGUUUUCUUUCAUCCUGCAUACACCGGGGAACAUACAAUUGAACAAAUGAUCCAACACGAUAUUGCAGUUGUCAAGAUAAAACAUGCGAUUGUAUUUAAUCAGAAUAAAAACAUGAUAGAUCUUCCAGACAGAGACAUAGAUGACGAAGACAGUGGCUAUGUGUUGGGCUGGGGUUCCAUAUCUCAUCCAAACAAUACAUUUCCCAUGCAAUUGCAAAAAGCUUAUAUGUACAUUUACCCGUUAAGGGACUGUUUUGAAAUUUAUAAUUUGGAAACGGCUGUUGGACAAUUUUGUGCGUAUUAUAAGGAAAAUGUCGGACCGUGCAUUGGUGAUAGCGGUGGUCCAUUGUUACAGGUGCAAGAAUUAAUUCAAUUCAAUGACUAUCAAAAAUCAAUAGAUCUUCCAGACAGAGAUAUUGCUGACGAUGAUUCUGGUGUUAUUUUGGGAUGGGGAGCCAUAACUCAUCCACAAAAUACCUAUCCUGAAUAUUUACAGAAGUCUUUUAUGCGUAUUUUUCCCAUAAAUUAUUGUUAUAGACUUUAUGAUUUUAAAAUGCACGUUGGUCAAAUUUGCGCGGUUAAUCAGGAAGGAGUCGGUCCAUGCAUGGGCGAUAGCGGUGGCCCACUUGUAAUUGAUGGGAAAGUCGCCGGUGUGCUUUCAAUUUCUCUUCCAUGUGCUACAGGAAUACCUGAUAUAUAUACCAAAGUUUAUUAUUAUCUAAAUUUUAUUAGGCAAAUUUUAAACCCUUAAUCUACAUUAUCUUAAUUAUUUAAAACAUUAAUAAAUGAUUCAUAUAUACAUUAA